AUGGUUCAGAAUGUAUUGCUUGAGAUGACCUCUCAGAAGGGGCAGCAGAAGGGUGUUCUUCUGGCUGAGUCUCACCUCGAAUGGGGGAAUCUAGUUGAGGACUCUCCUUUGAUUAGCCGCGGCUGGGCAUUUCAAGAGCGAUUACUUGCCCCCAGAAACAUCUUCUUCUGCAAGGAGAUUGUUUUUUACGAGUGUUAUGAGAAACACUGGAGCGAAUCCACGGGGUUGGAUCUCGUGCCCUGGAACUCAUUCCUCGAUGGUGAAGUUGUCGGGAACGACACACCUACAUGUACCUUCAAGAUACUCCUACCGACCAUUGGUAGAGACAUCUAUCAGACCUGGUACGAAUUGGUGGAGGCAUACUGCCUCACAAAGCUUACAUUUGCUGAAGACAGGCUUGCAGCCGUAGCAGAAUACUUAUUCAGCGAGAACAUUAUCAUGCUUCCGUCGACGCCGAGCAUCGAAAUCAUGGUUCGUGGUGUUCUAAAGCGGAUGAUACUUCGAAGGGGUCCAAAAAGGUUUCAAGUGUUUCCUGUUGCUGUUCCUGAGGCAGAGCAAGAUAUGGAGGCUCUCCAGAAACCUGCUGAAGACGUCCCUCCCCACCGCUUUCCUGAGGCUACUCUUGAUUUUGCAGCAACCGAAACAGAUAUCUUCGUCUUAAAUAAUUCGGGAAAACUAUUCUAUGUGCCUUGGUACGACAAUUUUUCUAAUUUCAGCUGUCGAUCUCAGAGUCACUGUCUACUACUAGAACUUAUUUGUGGCGAGAUGGGCAGAUUUCGGCGGAUAGGCUUGCUGAGCUUUAAUCAAGAGUACCGCGACGUAUACUUAUCGCCACAGGUCAGUGGGCAGGGCUACCCAUGUUGGAAAUAUGAACAGAGUACUGGGGAGCAUACCGUCUUCAUAGUGUAG